AUGAAGUUCUCCACCAUCCUGGCCGCAACCACCGCCCUCCUGACUGGUGUCAACGCCGUACCACGUCUUAUGGAGAUCGAAAGCACCGAUGUUUGCUGGAGGGUCUGCUUUCCGGAGAAGCCACAUUGUCCCGAGGGAUGGCAUGCCAAGAAGUUCGGGCAUUGCCACACUUGCUGCCAUGGCAAAGAAGAAGGUGACGACUCGGUGGCCAGCAAGCUUGACAUGUUUUGGUAG